AUGCUCAACAGAGUUCCCUUCUCCAAUUACUUUGCUGCAUCAGAUUUUGAAUCAGAAUCAUCAGAAUCAAAUAAUUCUCCAUCAAUUUUUCCCUUCCUUUCCUUACCAUCGGAAUUAAAAGCAAAUAUUCUCUCCUUUCUUCCAUCGAAUGAAAUUAUUAAUUUCGGAAGCUUAUCGAGAUCGAGUUAUGAAUUGGUUGCUCCCUUCCUCUCUGAUUCAAUUGCUCACUUGUAUGAAGAUUAUGCCGAUGAGUAUAGUAUUGAUAUUUGGACUGAAUUAAUUAAUAGAGUGGCAAUUACGAGGCGGGAAAAGAUUGGUUCCUUGAAAGAUUGCAAGAAUUUGUUUUUGAAAUUGUUUUUAGAGCAACGAUCGUGUAGAAUGUGUAGUAAGACAACACCAAGUUUUCAGAGUUUUUUGAGUAGAAAGAUUGUAAAAUCAUGUUAUUGUGAUGGAUUUAUUUGUAGGAAGCCAUGUUGGAAUAAGGAAAGAUUGGCUGAUGAAUCAGUGUCGAGAUGUUCAAAGUGUGGAUAUGUGUAUCAGUUUUCAAAUCCUGAAAAGAUUGGAAUGAUUCCAAAGGUCUUUUCUAGAUAUCCAAUUUCUUCUCAAUUUAUAUUAACAGCUCUUUCAUCAAUUUCUUGUAUAUUAUUUGUAUAUUCUUUGGUUUCUUCCUUGGGAUAUAUUAUGCCACACAAUUCACAGAGUGAGCUUUGGUUGGAAUUGGAAAAUUUCUGGAUUUUCAAAUAUUUUCCAUUUUGGAAUUAUUUCGUAAAUGGAAUGUCAGUGAUUUCAUUCAUUAUUUUUGUAUUACUUAUCAUUGCAAGUAUAUUUAGUGGAAAUGUCAAUGUUGGAGCAAAUGAUUUGGGAGCAAUGGAAGGAAUUAUUCUCAUUAUCACAGUUUUAAUUGUAGUUGCAACUCCUUUCCUUCUUGGAAGUUAUGUUAAAAAGGCAGUUCUAGAAAAAUCAAUUUAUGGUUGCCCAGUUAAGGCACCAAGAAAACAUGAUUUGGAUCGUGAUGAUCAUCAUAGACAUCAUUAA